CAUUCUCUGCCUCCUUCUUCGUUUUGGCUAUAAUACCUUCGGCCUAUUAUGCUAUUGUUGUCCCAAUUACAUUCUUCAUUGUCAUAGUUCAAUCCUGAUGCUUCGCCGGCUGAAAAUGCUCAUCUCUCUGGAUUCUCUUACUGUCUUCCUUACCCUCCUAUCGGCCGGUCAUGGCUUACAGGCCUCCCAAAUAUCUCCCGACACCCCGCUGUCGUCUUUGAUCGCAUCUGCGAAAACCCAUCUUGCAGGCGGUUCUCCCCGCGAGGCGUUGCAGUAUUUUGAUGCGGCUGUAUCCAGAGAUCCCACCAAUUACCUCACGAUUUUCCAAAGGGGUGCAGCGCACUUAUCCCUCAAUAGGAAUUCUCAUGCCUUAGAGGACUUCAACAGUGUCCUGCGUCUGAAGCCAGACUUCGAGAGUGCCCUCCUACAGCGGUCUCGUCUUAGGGCCAGUUCUGCUGACUGGACAGGUGCAUUGGAUGAUCUUGACAAAGCCGGUAAGCAGUCCUCUCCGGAGUAUAAAGAGCUCCAAGAAUCGCGUGAUGCUGCGUCUGCCGCUUUAGAUGCAGAAAAGAGCGGCGCAUGGGAUGCCUGCAUCAGUCACGCAAAUGUGGCUCUCUCCAAGGCAACCUUAUCUCCCAGCUUGCGGCGGGCCCGAGCACAUUGCCGGUUCGAGAAGGGCGACGUCGAAGAGGGUGUCAGUGAUCUUAUUCAUGUUUCGCAAAUAUCUCAGGGCUCAUUGGAGCCCUAUCUACAAAUAUCGUCCAUGCUUUUCUAUGCCUUGGGCGACAGUGACCGCGGUAUCUCACAGAUCCGCAAGUGUCUUCAUUCUGAUCCUGAUUCAAAACCAUGCAAUGGUCUAUAUCGGAAAGAGAGACUGGUCGUAAAACAACUGCAAAAAUUGAAAGAUGCUAUGGAUGCGCGGAAGUACAAAAAUGCUAUCAACAUGUUGGUCGGGGUGGGUGAUGAAAGUGGUCUCCUCGAUGACGUGCGGAGAGAUGUCGAGCAGGCAAAGGAAGCCGGUCACAUUCAUCCUGCGUCCCCCAACAACCUUUAUACUUUUCUUGUCGAACGGACCUGUGAAGCUUUUUACGAGGCCCAAAUGCCAAAGCGCGCUGCUUCUUAUUGCUCUCAGACUUUGGAGUUGAAUUCCUUUUCCCUACCCGGACUGCUCUUCAAGGGCCAAAUUGCUAUUGAUGAGGACCGGUUUGAGGAUGCCAUUGGCCUACUAAACCAGGCCAAAGAACAUCACCCUGGUUCCAGGGAAGCCCAGGCGCUUUUACAGAAGGCUCAUGUCCUACAAAAACGUUCUCGGCAAAAGGAUUAUUACAAGGUCUUGGGUGUCAGCCGUGACGCUGAUGAUAGGACAAUCAAACGUGCCUAUCGCCAGCUGACAAAGCAGCAUCACCCUGACAAGGCCAUGUCUCAAGGUGUGGCUAAAGAGGAAGCUGAAAAGAGGAUGGCUGCCAUCAAUGAAGCCUACGAGGUUCUAUCAGAUUCUGAACUUCGAACCCGUUAUGACGGCGGCGAUGACCCUAAUGACCCCGAGUCACAGAGGGGUAGGCCGUUUCAAGGGAGCCCGUUCGGGCACGGGGGUGGUCAACAAUUCUUUUAUCAGCAGGGCGGUUCGCAAUUCAAGUUCUCGGGACAGGGUUUCAAUUUUCCCGGCGGCUUUCCGUUCCGCUGA